AUGUCCACCAACCGUCCUUUUCUCGCCAACUUCCUGGCCGCAUUUCGUGCCCAGUCCACCCUCAAAUCCGCCUCUCAACCGCCCACAUCUUCUCCCUCUCGAUCCACGGCACAGCUCUCUUCAGGUGCCCGCACAAUAUCCUCCAAAGCGGGCCAUCACCCUCAUCCACCGCCGCAGUACCCCGCCAACGCUCCCACUUCUUCGUCCUCAGCCUCAACGCAGGCUGCUCCCGCUGCCGCUGCGGCUUCACCGGUGACUUCAACAUCUCCUUCUAGCGCAGCACCUCCCCCAGCAUCGAUGGGCACGGGAUCUCCGCCCCCCACACAGCAGCACCACGCGUAUUCUCACUAUCAUGCCGAUCCUUUCUCAUCUUCUCAGCCGCCCGCACCGUCUGGAUCUUCCACGUCGGCAGUCGCGUCUACUCCGAUCCCGAUCUCACGGGGCUCCGACCGCCAACGCCGGGGUAGCGAUUCGUCGUCGGGUUCGGGCGGAUUCUGCGACGCCCUAGGGCCGGAGAAGUGGUAUAUCGGAGGACGCACGGCGGCGGGAGAAGAGCGAUUCUAUCGGUUGGGAAUGGUGACCAAGGGAGGGGGGAGAUUAGGAGGUGGAGGGCGGGUGGGCAGUAUUGAUCAGUUAAGCCUGUGA